AUGCAAGUUUUGGUAGUAAUUCUUUUAGGCUUCACAGUGUCUGCUGCUCUGUUCAAUGGUGAACGAGCGCCCCAUCUCGUGUUCAUGGCCUUCCACAACAACAAUCAGCGGUGCAGUGGCACCAUCGUUGAGGAAAACUGGAUACUCACGGCACGCUCCUGCCUAACAUCCAGCAUGGGAGUGACCAUUUACUUUGGAAUGGGACCCGGCCGAUACUCGAUUUAUGUGUGUAGCUCACAGUAUGUGAAAGACAACGAACAUCUCGCUCUGGUGCUCGUACCUCUGUGGGUCAGCAACUGCGGCUGGGGCAGCACUGAACCCACAAAUGGAAAUCAACCCAACAGGCUGCAGUGUGUCAACCUGCAGAUCAUGCCCAAAAACGAGUGUGGUCUGGACUCUAUCAACGAACGCAUUCUGUGCACACGUCCAGUCAGUGGAAUGUCCAACUGCUUCAGCGAUGUCGGCAAUCCUUUGGUCACGGGAGUGUACCCCAUUUUGGUGGGGCUGUCUCUGUCUGAAUGUAGGCCGGGACUGCCAGCUAAGUUCGCUGGGAUUAGCAGCCAUUUUAACUGGAUACGGCAGCACACCGGCAUCUACCACUGA